CUUAAAUUGACUCUCACUCUAGGUGUGCCUUUACACACCCUGUUUGCUGCCUGCACCUCUCGACACAGCCUGGCAAAUCCCGCAAAAUUGAAUUUAAUCAUUUCCUGACGAAAGAAUGCAAUUUCAACUGGCCCUCUUUUGGCACCUUGGGUUGCUCAGUUACGUGAAGGCCCAGGAUGAAUGCAAAAGGGGCGCCUGUCAUCCUACCACUGGCGAUCUCCUGGUGGGUCGUGGCGCACAGCUCACAGCUUCUUCUACCUGCGGGCUGGACAGAGCCCAGAAAUACUGCAUCCUCGGCUACCUUGAGGGGGAGCAAAAAUGCUUCGUCUGUGACUCGAGAUUUCCAUAUGACCCGUACACCCAAUCCCGCAGCCACACCAUCGAGAAUGUAAUUACAAGUUUUGAACCAGAGAGAGAAAAGAAAUGGUGGCAAUCAGAAAAUGGUGUUGAUCAUGUCAGCAUCAGAUUGGACCUAGAGGCAUUAUUUCAGUUCAGCCACCUUAUUCUGACCUUUAAGACUUUUCGGCCUGCUGCAAUGUUAGUUGAACGCUCCGCAGACUAUGGACACACCUGGAAAGUGCUCAAAUAUUUUGCAAAAGACUGUGCUGCUUCCUUUCCCAAUAUCACAUCGGGCCAGGCCCAGGGAGUGGGAGACCUUGUUUGUGACUCCAAAUACUCGGAUAUCGAACCCUCAACUGGUGGCGAGGUCGUUUUAAAGGUUCUGGAUCCCAGCUUUGACAUCGAAAACCCUUACAGCCCCGACAUCCAGGAGCUUGUGACGUUAACAAACCUGCGGAUAAACUUUACCAAACUCCACACCCUGGGGGAUACUUUGCUUGGAAGGAGGGAAGAGGAUGCCCUUGAAAAUUACUACUAUGCUGUGCAUGCGAUGGUGGUGCGGGGCAGCUGCUUUUGCAACGGCCACGCCAGCGAGUGCGACCCGGUGCAGGAGGCCCGCGGAGACGUCUUCAGCCUGCCCGGCAUGGUGCACGGUCGGUGCGUCUGCCAGCACAAUACAGACGGCCCGAACUGCGAGCGCUGCAAGGACUUCUUCCAGGACGCCCCGUGGAGGCCGGGAGCGGGUCCCCAGGACAGCACCUGCAGAGCCUGUCGCUGCAACAGCCACUCUGACCGCUGUCACUUCGACAUGACGGCCUACCUGAGCAGCGGCGGCCACAGCGGAGGGGUGUGUGAAGCCUGUCGCCACAACACCGAGGGCCAGCACUGUGACCGCUGCAGGCCCCUCUUCUACAGGGACCCGCUCAAGGCCAUGUCCGACCCUUACGCGUGCAUCCCUUGUGAAUGUGACCCAGACGGGACCUUAUCGGGUGGCAUGUGUGUGAGCCACUCUGAUCCUGCUUUGGGGGCUGUGGCCGGCCAGUGCUUGUGCAAGGAGAACGUGGAAGGAGCCAAGUGUGACCAGUGCAAGCCCAACCACCACACACUGAGUGCCACUGACCCCAUGGGUUGUCAGCCCUGCAACUGCCACCCCUCCGGGAGUGCGCCGCUCCCGGCCUGCGACGUGGAUACAGGCCAGUGCUUGUGCCAGCCCUUUGCCACCGGGCCACGCUGUGAAGAAUGCGCUGUUGGGCACUGGAGAAUGGAAGAUCACCUCCAUGGCUGUUCCCCCUGUGACUGUGACAUUGGAGGUGCUUAUUCCAACGUGUGCUCACCCAAGGAUGGGCAAUGUGAAUGCCGCCCACACAUCACUGGCCGCAGUUGCACCAAACCAGCCCCGGGCUACUUCUUUGCUCCUUUGAAUUUCUAUCUCUACGAGGCAGAGGAAGCCACCCCACUGCAAGGACUUGCACCUUUGAUAUCAGCCGCAGCUUUGCCUACAUGUGAUGUGUAUUUCCAGCAGCAAGGGGGUGAUUUCAUAGUUGACAAAGGCAAUAUAAUACUGAAGAGAAAUCAGAAGCAGAGUGGACGUGCUGACGAGUGGAGUGAGGGCUCAGUGACUUCUGGCCAGGCGCCUGUCGUUCACGUUGUUUUCCGAGAACCAGUGCCUGGGACCCCUGCUGCGUGGACUGGACCUGGAUUUGCCAGGGUUCUCUCUGGGGCUGGCUUGAGAUUUGCUGUCGCCAACAUCUCCUUUCCCAUGGACUUCACCGUUGUCCUUCGCUAUGAAACUCAGCCCGCAGCCGACUGGGCCGUCCAGGUCCUGGUUAACCCCCUUGGAGGGAGCAAGCACUGUACGCACGAGACUCCAUGGCCACGGCCACCACCUUUCCCUCUACCGGCGGCUUCCAGAAUCGUGCUGCUUCCCACACCCAUCUGUUUAGAACCAGAUGUACAAUAUUCCAUAGACGCCUAUUUUUCCCAGCCUUUGGAAGGAGGGUCCCACGCUCAUUCACACAUCUUGGUGGAUUCACUUGGUCUGAUUCCCCAAAUCAGUUCAUUGGAGAAUUUCUGCAGCAAGCAGGAUUUAGAGGAGUAUCAGCUGCACAACUGUGUUGAGAUCGCCUCAAAGAUGGGACCUCAGGUGUCCCCCGGUGUGUGUGAAAGGCUUAUAGUCAGCAUGUCUGCCAAGCUGCACAACGGGGCUAUAGCCUGCAAGUGUCACCCCCAGGGCUCGGUGGGGCUCAGCUGCAGCCGACUUGGGGGCCAGUGCCAAUGUAAGCCUCACGUGGCCGGGCGCUGCUGUGACAGGUGCUCAACUGGAAGCUACGGUCUGGGACAUCAUGGCUGUCACCCAUGUCACUGCCACCCUCAAGGCUCAAAGACCACUGUAUGUGACCAAAUAACGGGACAGUGCUCCUGCCAGGGGGAGGUGGCCGGCCGCCGUUGUGACCGGUGCCUGCAAGGCUACUUCGGAUUUCCCAGCUGCCGCCCUUGCCUUUGUAAUGGGUUCGCCGAACUUUGUGACCCAGAGACAGGGUCAUGCUUCAAUUGUGGGGGUUUUACAACUGGAAGAAACUGUGAAAGAUGCAUCGAUGGUUACUAUGGGAAUCCUGCUGCGGGAAAGUCCUGUCGCCCUUGCCCAUGUCCAGAUGUUCCCUCGAGUAGCCAAUAUUUUGCCCACUCCUGUUAUCAGCAUCCUUGGAGCUCAGAUGUGAUCUGCAAUUGUCUUCAAGGUUAUACAGGUAAGCAGUGUGGAGAAUGCUCUGCGGGUUUCUAUGGAAAUCCCAGAGUUUCCGGAGCCCCUUGCCAGCCGUGUGUGUGCAACAACAACACUGAUAUGACGGAUCCGGAGUCCUGCAGCCCGCUAACCGGGGAGUGCCUUAAGUGUUUGCACAACACUCAGGGGCCCAACUGCCAGUUCUGCAAACCAGGUCACUUUGGAUCUGCCCUCAAUCAGACCUGCAGGAGGUGCUCCUGCCAUCCUCCUGGUGUGAAUCCGGCUGAGUGUCCCCCUGGCCUGGAAACUUGCCUCUGUGACCCUGACACUGGCAUGUGCCCUUGUCUGCCCAACGUCACGGGCCGGACCUGUGACCGCUGUGCAGACGGAUACUGGAAUCUGGUCCCUGGCAGAGGGUGUCAGCCAUGUGAUUGUGACCCCCGGACCUCUCACGGUGGCCACUGUGACCAGCUUACAGGCCAAUGUCGGUGUAAAUUAGGCUAUGAUGGGAAACACUGCAGUGGAUGCAAGGAAAAUUAUUACGGUGAUCCACUGGAGCAAUGCAUUCCAUGUGACUGCAGCGGAGAAGGUGCCCAGAAGCCCACCUGUGACCAGGACACGGGCAUGUGCCGCUGUCGGGAGGGAGUCGGCGGCCCGCGAUGCGAUCGCUGUGCCCGGGGUCACGGCCGGGAGUUCCCUGCCUGUCCGCGGUGUCACCAGUGCUUUGAUCACUGGGACCGCACCGUCUCUGCCCUCUCCGAAGCGGUGCAAGGGUUAAUGAGGCUGGCUGCUAACGUGGAAGAUAAAAGAGAGACCGUGCUGGUCUGCGAGGCCGACUUCAAAGGCCUCCAAGAGAACUUGUCAGAAAUAGAAAGGAUUCUGAAACAUCCUGUUUUCUCAUCUGGGGAAUUCUUAAUAGUCAAGGAUUAUCAGGACUCCGCUCGGAAACACGCCGCGCAGCUAAGUGUGCAACUGAAAGCCGUGCAUGAGUUUCCAGAUCUGAAAGGAAGGCUGGGAAGCAUGAGGGAUGAAGCAGACCUCUUACUGGAAGGUCUUCAGAGAGAAAUCCGCCUGCGCGCCCGAGCCCGUGACACGAGCAUCGUGGAUUCCUCAGAGAACAUCAAGAAGCAUUAUCAGAGGUCAUUAUCUGCUGAAAAGAAAAUUAAUGAAACCACUUCUAUCAUAAAAAACUCUGAAAAAAUCAGGAAUGACUUACUUACCAUCUUUGAUAGGCUAAGCUCAAAAGAAAACUCAUCAUUGGAAAAAUUACAGCAGAUUACGGUACCAGAUAUCCAAAUAUUGAACAAAAAGGUGUGUGGAGAAUCAGGGGACAUGCCGUGUGUGCUCUCAUCCUGUGAAGGCCCCAGCUGUCACGACUUCCUGACCCUCUCAAGCAAUGCCCUCCAGCAAGCUCAGGAAGCAGAGUCUGUGAUACAAAAUUUGAGUGACCAGGUCCAGGGUUGGAAGAACCGGCUCAAAAAUGUAAGUAAACUGGCAGAGGUCUCCAAAAACAAUGCCUUACAACUAAGCAAGAAACUGAGGAAUAUGAAAAACCAAAGUGAAUCUGAGAAAGAGAAAAUGAGUCUUUUAAUCAAAAAGCUGAAAAAGUUUUUGUCAGAGGAAAACGUGCCUCCAGAGGACAUAGAGAAGGUUGCAGAUCGUGUACUUGACGUCCACCUACCAACGACAUCACGAAAUCUAACCGGUGAACUUGACAAAAUACAGAAAGUGAUGCAGCUCUGUGAGGACUACAGGACAGAUGAGGACAGGCUGCGCAAAGCGGUCGAUGGAGCCCCAGAGCUUUUGUUAAAGGCAAAGGGAGCAGAAGAAGCAGCAAAUGUUCUAUUAAAUCUUGACAAAACGUUGAAUAAAUUGCAACAAGUUCAAGUCACCCAAGGACGGAUAAAUACCACCAUCACGCAGCUGACUGCGGAGAUAACAAAAAUUAAAAAGAACGUACUGCAGGCUGAAAAGGAAGCCAAGGACUCGAAGAAUGUGCUGGACUUAGCAAAGCAGCAGUCAGAGCUGGAGGAUGGGCUUUCCCGGCUGCGGACCACGUUGCAAAGGACUGGAGAGCGAGCCACCCGGGUGACAGCUCAGGCUGCAUGGGCCCGAAGCCAGGCCGGGGGCCUGGAGCAGGAGUUUGCAGAGCUGAAAAACCAAUAUGCUGUUCUUCAACGUAAGACCAGCGCUAUGGGACUAACCAAGGCGACGUUGGAAAGAGUGGAACGGCUGAAAGACGUGGCAGGGAAACUGGCCGAGGAUACAGAGGACAAGAUAAGAAGAAUAGCAGAUUUAGAAAAGAAGAUCCAAGAUCUGCAGCUGAGUAGACAAGAAAAAGCUGACCAACUGAAACAGUUGGAAGAUCAAGUUGUUGCCAUUAAAAAUGAGAUCGCUGAGCAGGGAAAUAAAUAUGCUACUUGCUACAGUUAGGCAGAGGUGACAUGCAAAGUCACCUGUGCCUUCUUUUCUGGCAUCUGACAAGGAAGCUUCAGGAGCAGAGCUGAACUGGGGAAAGGGCAAUGGUCAGCCCCGCCUCCUCUGCUUCCGGAGCCCUGCUCCUUGCCCUGGAUCUGAGCUGGGCCAAGCAAAUGCUGUUCCACGUGGAAUAGAAAGGAGGAAGUAGAGACACGGUCUCUGGCUCCAGAAACCUUUCUUCUUGCCUUCCUUUCCCUCUCAACACAUAAAAAUAAUUUAUUACGUGUGACAAGUACAAAAUAAAUAAGCAUUCUAUUCAUUAAUCAUCA